GGUAGAGCCAUAAAAGUGACAGAUGCGGAAAACGGAUAAGGAGUAUUUUCCGCACAGAUAUUUAUGACAGUUCUGAAAUUGCACACACAUCGACUGGAUAUAAAGAGGGUCGGGGGGCAAAAGGAAAUCAGUAGCAAGCCAGCCACGUCAAGCUUCACAUUAACUUCCUGAUCAACUCAGCCAGCAAUCAUGUCGAUGAUCAACGAAACCAACCAAAUGUUGCAGCGCCUGAACAGCCUGAAAAUUGUGGAAACCCCCAAGGAGCAACGCGAAUUGGGCAGUCGGGAGUGUUACUCUCUGGACAGCAAGAAGUAUGCCCUGGUACCAGCCACCCCGAGCACCGGAGGACCCGGAAAGUUCCAAACCGAACUGAAGAAACGUCGCAAAAACAAACUCAAUCGAAUGUACACCUACGAGGCGGACAAACACUUUAUCAAGGCUCGCAAGUCUUUGAAUUUCUAAUCACAACACGAACCGAUGUAAUCACUUUAGUCAUAAGCAGCAUUGAUUUCAAAUCGUACAAGUCACAUUUUUUUUCACGCUCUAAUACAAUAAAGAUUUAUAAAAAAAUUUUGAAUACAAAA